UCAAUUGCUCCAACUAAUAUCUCAUCCAUAACGAUGAGAAACAGAAAAAUCUCACGUAAAACCACCGAAAAUGAAAAGUGCCCGCCGACCUGCCAAAUGGAGGCGAAGAGUAAACCCCGUACCCCGGUGGUACCGACGCCAGCUGUAAAUCCUUCCGCUAGCGGCGUGCCGCGCAGUGCUGCUGGCGUCGUCGUGAAGAAGAAACCCACCUCACUGAGCAAACGUCCGAAAAACGGUUCCAUACCAAAGCAUACGGUCAAGUUUAAGGAGCAAAGCGACCAGGAUAUUCUGGUAGUCACCGUCGAGCCACCGUCGCCAAGCCCUCCGGCAAGCCGUAAUCCUUCACCGGUGACUCCCAGCAAUCAAUUACAGCUGCCGGUCCUCGGGACAGCAAGAAAGCCAACGGUCGCCGGUGUAGACUCGACGGCCAACCAGAGAGGAGGUGCACGAAAGUCCUCGACCGCAACGGUCCUGCCGGUGGCGGGACGCCUCUCCGAAGGAUGCACAACGCUUAUGUAUGCCUGUCAGCAAGGAUUGACCGAGGAAACCGUUAGGGAACUGCGAGAAAAGCCGGACGUUGUUCAUCGACGGGAUCGAAAUAACCGAGGUGCUCUCCAUUACGCUAGUAAUUCGAAGGACGUCGUUGCUGCAGCAAGCGUUGCAAUGGUCGCUCCAGAACUGAUAGAAUCCGCCGACGAGGAUGGUUUUACGCCAUUGCAUCUAGCUGUCAUACAGGGAAAUCUGCAGCUUGUCAAUCUGUUACUGGCCAACGGUGCUGAUGUCAAUGCACUGGACAACGAAGGACACUCGGUGGUGCAUUGGGCAACGGUUUGCGGUGAAGUAGAAGCCUUGCGUACAGUUUUAUCAGCCGGUGCCGAUGUCUCUACUCCGGAUAUCAACGGAGGAAGUCCGUUGCACUAUGCAGCGCAGAUGUGCGGUGCAAAUUACGAGGGAAAAACGGCCCGUGCUUCUGCCAAACUAGCGCUGGAUAUUCUAAACACACUGCUGGCUCACCCGGAUACUUCGGUUGAAGUAGAGGACAAAGAUGGCCGUCAGCCAUUGCUGUGGGCUGCCUCGGCCGGUUCUGCCAAGGCUGUCCUGGCUUUGAUCAAAGCUGGAGCACAUGUCGAGAGUGCAGAUAAGGAUGGUUUGACCGCUUUGCACUGUGCAGCAUCCCGAGGUCAUACGGAAUGCAUCGACACACUCAUCAACCUCUGUGGAGCCCACACGGAUCAGAUUGACUCCAACGGAUGUACGGCCUUACAUUACUCAGUAACCCUAGGACAUGCAGAUGCGACCUCCUUGCUGCUAAAACUCGAAGCAGACCCCAAUCGGCAGGAUAGGAAAGGACGAACGCCGGCACACUGUGGCUGUGCGAAAGGUCAAAUGGAAACGGUUAAGAUUCUGUACACCAAGAAAGGAAAUCUCUGGUUACGAAAUGCGAAGGGUGACUUUCCGGUUCACGAUGCAGCAAGCUCAGGUCGACGCCAGUUAGUGCAGUGGUUGCUGCAAAUGAAGCCUAAACACAUCAACACGCCGAGUAACGAUGGAAGAACUCUUCUGCACAUUGCUGCCGGCCACGAUAAUGUAGACUUGUGCAAACUUUUGCUGGAACUCGGGGCCGAGAUGAAUAACUUGUAUCGACCAAAUUCGAAAAGUCCACCGCUCACUCCACUGGACUAUGCCCUGGCCAAGGGCUUCCGCUCUACGGCAAAGUUCCUGCAAAUGCAGGGUGGUCUUCCAGCCAACAAACUACGUCUUUCCGGUCGCCAGCAGAAGAUUCUUCCAGAUAUUGAUAAGGUGGAACCCUUGAAACUCACCGAAAAGGAAGAACUCAUAGAUCUUAAAACGUCCAAGCGAUACAUCGUUUACUUAAACUCAAACUCGGAAUCGGACAGCCAAGAUGACAGAUCACACCGAAAGAGCCGACACAAGCGAAAAGGAAGUCAUCGAGCUCGACGCACAAGCAGCUGUAGUGACAGUGUGUAUCUCUACCGAGAAGGGGCAGCCGACAUUAGUCGGUCCCGUAGCAAUGCGGAGCUGCACCGAAGUCAUCGUCAUCAUCACUCGAGACAUCACCGAGCCAGCAGCUCGGCCUCCUCUUCCACCAGCGAAACGUCUUCAGAUGAGUGCUGUAAGCACGUCAAACGGAAACACAAAUGCUAUAAGAAGUGUUCAUCUAAAUCUGCCCACGCGAAGGAUCGCUCCCACCGAGAGCGCGAAGCUAGGGAAUUAAAAGAGUACGAAUUUAUGUAUGCGGAAAAACGAGAAGCGGGGCCUCGUAAACCGGGUGAACGGUGUGGUAGAAUAGUGCUGAAACAGGUACACAGUGGUUCAUCGGAGAAUGAUUCGAUACCGGAGAAUGGUUUGGGGAGUACUGCGAGGUUGACCAGGAAUGGCAAACCAUCGCUGCUAAGUGUACCGACGGAACGGCUUGGAGCGGCCGGUUUGGGAGCAAGUGGUGCCAUGGAUUUUUUAGAGGAACAAUCACUGCCGAAAACUCCGCCAAAGGCGGAAUUUAACAUUAGAAAAGAGUCGGACGCCAAAUCAUCCGAUUCGGGAGGUAAAAAGUCAGCGAAAAAAGUUAAAGGUAAUGGCAAAAAGGCGAAAGCGCACGGUAAAACGCAUGGAAAGAAAAUUGAUUCACAUAGUGACGAGGAAGGGAAAGUGUUGCAGCAACAUGGUGAAAAGGUGGUGACCGAAGCUCAGGUGCAUCCGACACCGGACUCAAUGGCCAAAUCGACAGAAGACGACGGAGCUGCCACUGAUGCCACUUACACGAUCGAACAGAAGACUAAGUCGGAUUACGAAGGGUUGAGUGAGUCGGAAGCAGCGGAAAAAGUCAAAGGUGUAGGGAAGUUAAAGAGCAAGGUUGAAGCGGAAACAAUAGUGGAGGCCAAGGAUGAGACAGCACUUGAAACGACGGAGGUGCAGGAAGAACUUGCAGCGUUGAAAAAGGAACGAACCAAGCUAAAGUCUACUAAGGACAGCAAGUCAAGCAAAUCUAAAUCAGAUUCGUCCGAUAAGGAAGUACUGAAAGGAAAACCAAUGGAAGUUGUUCAUGUACCUCCAUCGCCGCCACCGCCACCGGAGCCAACUCCAGAGCCUGUUGUGAUUGAAAUGGAGCAGCAAGUUCCUCCGGAACCAACAGUUGUCGUGGAGCCCACAGCUGAACCAACAAUUCUUCCGGAUGAAGCAAUAGUUCCUCAAGAACCUGCACCACCGGAGGUGCAGCAAUCUGUACCAGAAUCUGUAGAGCCUUUACCUGCAGACACGCCCGAGCAACCAGUGAAACCAAGUGAAGAAGAUCAGCGAGCUCCUGCAACCCCUGAAACGUCGAAACAGACAGAAAACCAAGAUCAAGUUCUUCCCACAGACGUUGUUGCUGUCGAUGAGGAAUCAAAGAAGAAAGUAAGUUUCGACAAAGAGCGGCCAAAGUUAAAGCGUUCGGAAGAAUCGAUGGUGGAACAUGUUGAGGAAGAGGAAGUUCGCACUGAAGAGGAAGCUGUUGUCCCUUUAGCAGCGGCGGCUGCGAUAGACCAGCAGAAGGUUGACAUGACCAGAAGUUUUUUCGUGAAUUUGGACGGCGAAACGAAGGAGGCAACCGAGGAAGCGGACGAUAAGAAAAAACGACCCAAGCCACGGAAAAAAAUUCGAUCGAAGGAUACCGAAGAGGAAGCGCAAAGCAGUAAGGACCAGGAUUCCGGCUUCGAGCCCAGCCCGCAGUCAAUACGCAGUAAGCCGACGGUUUUCGAGAGGCCAACCAGCACGGCCGUACUACCGAGGAGACAAGCCUUUACGAUGGUCGAAGAACGGGCGGUAAGUUCCCGGCCGGAAGGAAGAAAACCGGGCGACAGGAAUGCCGUCAAUAUGACAACAGUUCAGCAGUCUAUUCAGCGCAACAUCCGACGAUAUUACAUGGAAAGAAAAAUUUUCCAACACCUCCUCGAGCUGAAAAGCCUGCAGAUCCGCUCGACGAAGGUGAACGAGAGUGCACUGGUGAAGCGAGCCGUCGACGACUACCACAAGAGUACGAUCGAGCUGGGCUACGAGACAGGCUCCACCCUGAAACGCUAUCCGUACUCGGAGUACUCCUUCAAGAACUUCGAGCUGUUCCUGUACGAUACGCUUAAGAGCCUGCAGAAGCGUGAGACGUACAAUUUCCAGAAUAUCUCCGAGGUGUACGACGAGGCCGAGCGUCGCCUUAGUCCCGACGUUAGUCGUUACGAACGAGCUCUGAACUGUACCACCAAAACGCAUCGCUGUCUCCAUGCAACGCACGCAUACACGGGAAUCCCUUGUGCAGCGUACAUCCCAAUGAUGAACCACCACACGAUACCGAAGCUCGGAUUUGGCCCGUACAAAUCAUCUUCUAGCGGAGUUGGCAGCUUUUUCCUACCGAAAAUCCUCACCAACCCAACGGACCGGAAUUGUCCUGCCGCAAGCGCCCUAGCCGGAAUGGGCGGUACUGCAAAUAGCAAGGUAGCCUUAGAGUUAACCCAUGGUAGCAACAAGCAAGUCAUUACACUGCCAUCCGAAAAGCUCGAUAGCAAUAAGCGAUAUUAUGUAACCUUUACCCUUAAACCCCCGGGCAUCACCGAUGCACAGACCCCUGCCGCUGCGGCUGCACUCGAUUCAACUGAUCAAUCAUUGUUAUCCAAUACAGGCAAGCCCGCGGAAAGUCAGCCUCGGUCAGCUGCCGAGUCCGACGGUCAGCGGUGGCACAACAGCAGCAGCAUUGGCUCCUUUAAUGAUGCCCAACAUCCGGACCAGCGGCAGCCCCAGCCCCAGCCAGCAGCCGGUGUCCUUCCAGCCGUUGUAGAGGAAGACUCAAACCUUGACUCCAGCUCCCAGCAGGACCAUAGCAGCAGCGGCAAUGGCGGUUGCGGUGCCGCCAGCCCUAGGUCAGCCACCUAG